GCCCACGUCCAAAAUGCCCAGAAAUGCGCGUUAGCUCUUUGCGGCUGUCGCACAUUCGCUUCAGCACUAUAUGAACCUCUUGAUAUUUCCGUCAACUUCACCAUGUUUGAACUGUAUCGUUCCUCAAGUACUCCUGAUCCGACCUCUCCUUACGUCGUCUAUCCCUCAAGCAUGUUCUCGUUGGACCUAGGGUAUGCGCUAUGGUAUCCUGAACCCCAUGACUCGACAGGCAAGCCCGAGAUUGGCGAUGUAGGAUACGUUCGCCAUGGCGCGUUUAUUCGCUUAUUCAACAUCAACACUUCCGAGCCCGACCACCGGGUCGGUUUCUGGAAACCACCGUUCGAUAUCACAGAUCCCCCCACUCCUGACGUCUUUAUCCUCGACAAACGGCAUAGACCUAUCCACCACGGCCACUAUCCUAGUCAUGGAGUGAAGAAGAAGGAGCUGCAUGGGUCUCUUUCGUGAGCAUAGCUGGUUUGCGACG